ACAUUUGAACAGGAAGAAACAGAGCAGAAAGAGACGACUCUGUCAAAGUUGAAAUUCUGUAAUCUUCAUCAUCUUCCUUAAUCGUAUCCAUGGAUGCUUCAGCUCUUCAAAUCAUUCAACCUCCAAGAAUCCCCAUAAAGGCAGUUGAAACAAGACCUGAUAGAUCAAAACUCUUCUCCAGAAAGCUAUGGAGAUACAUCUUCUACCUCCAUCUAUUCCUAAUCUUCGUUCUAACGGCUGUCCUAACCACCCGAGGCUUCCUCCUUUUAUCUCCCCGAAACCGCCGUUUCAGUCCACGAAACUUCCUUCUCCCGUUAUUCUCCGCCGCCAUCUUCUCAGCAAUCCUAAGUUUUCUAUGGCCGUUAUUAACUCAACACUCACCUUCAAAAGCCAUGAAAACUGCUUUUUGGCUAAGUCCUUUACUAACUUGCGCGGUCGGAAUCCUCCUCGUUUAUAACCAAUCCGCUGCAGCCAUCGGGCCGGCCAUUUUUGCUAUCGUUUUCGCUAUCUCGAUAUCGCUCUACACUUGUUGGGUUAGCCAACGGUUCAAUCAUUCUGUUAGAGUCAUAUCGGUUUCAACUGCAUUUCCUCCCAAGAGAACUUCCGCCCUUACCGGAGCUAUGAUCGUCGUGGCAACUUUUUACUCGGCUUUCAUUGUUAUCGGGAUCGGGGGAGCUACUUCGGGUGGAACCGUCGUGGAAAAGGUCUUAAUCUUUGUGCUCAUUCUAAGCAUGAAGUGGACAAUGCACGUUAUCAAGAACACGAUAACCGUAGUGGUAUCGAGGAUUCGAUACGAGAACUUCGCGGGCGGGGAGGAUCUCGAUACGGGGAUGGUUUUCAAGGAGGUUGUGGAUCAAUCCCUGAGCGGGGUUUUCAUCGGGUCGGCGGUUUUGCCUAUCCUCGGAGUGUUUCGGGGAUUCGCGAGGGGAGUCGACUUGGCGUCGGGAGAGACAGACGAGUUCAUGUUCUCGUGUACUAGUUGCUUCUCCGGGUUGGCUUCUAGGGUUAUAACGAUAGGGAAUCGGUGGGGUUUCGUUUAUGUCGGGGUUUAUGAUAAAGGGUUCGUGCAGGCUUCGACGGAUACUUGGGAGUUGUUUAGACGGGUCAGGUUGGAGUCAGUUAUCAACUCGGAUCUCACCAGCUCGUUUUGCUUCCUCUGUGGUGUAGCUGGAGGAGCGGCCUCCUCGUUGGUCGCAGGAAUAUGGUCCCUUGUUGGUCAUAAUAAGGGACACGUAACCGAAGAAUCAAUCUACGCGUUCCUAAUAGGCUAUUUUAUUUGUCGGAUUGGAAUGGCGUGGCCACAAGCAUGCGUUUUGGCCUACCAUGUUGCAUAUGCGGAGAAUCCAGAUAGCCACAGGUUUGACUCAACCAUCCCAGACCGUAUACAAGAACUACAUAGACAACAAGUCCAAUCAUCUCAGAGAACUCAGUCAGUUGAGUCAAUUGAAUUUUAGAAGUUGCAUAUCAUUAUACAACAAUUUUUCCACAGAUUUUGUUUCAGCUGUAAAUAUAUAUGUAUGUAAAUUGCAAGAGGAAGAGAUGCAAAAGAGAAAAAUGACUUGCCACAUAUUAGAAGAGUUACAUUGUGAAAGAUAGAUUACCAAAAUAUGUAUUAAAGGGCAUAUAUAUAUACACAUAUAUGCAAAAGCUUUCUCAAAAUGGCUAAAUAUAUAAAUUAUUUAGCCAAGGAUUUUCAGCUUCAAGUUUACUUCAGAUCAUUUGAAGAACUUGAUUUAAAUUUUUGAGUCGUGUCUCCACCUUUGAAAUGUAUGUUUGUAUCCUAUUUUGAUUAAAUCGUG